GAAAUAAUUUCAUUAUGUUUUCUUAUAUACGAUACAAGAAGUUUCAUUGAAUUCAAUAGUUAAGAUAAACGUCCUUGCGAAAUAAGGAUCAAAAGGAGCGCGCCCGUGCGCGCUUUGUUACUGUUAUUAUCGUAUGUGUUAGUGGAUAUAUCAAUAAUAGUAUUACCUAUUAGAAAAUGUCGGAACACGGUGAUAGCGACGUAGACGCGACGGAGGAGAUAAACGUCGACGAUUCCGAUUCGCGUAGUUGCAGUCCACGGAAUUAUGCUAAUCAAGAGGAGCGACGGAACGUUGUACAAGAGAAUUCAGAGUGUUCGAAUUCGCCGCCACCGAGUCAGACGAGUUCUAGGACAGUACAGAACGAAUCACCUCGUAGCCACCCCUUCAGCAUAAGUCGUCUCUUGGGAGAUAGUCAAAGGCAAAACACUAAGAGUUCGUCGUCCGAGGAGGAACUCGAUAGCGACAAGGAAAGGAAAUGGUCCUCCUGGGAGGAAGGGAAUAACAAUAAUAAUAAUAAUAAUAAUAAUAAUAAUAAUAAUAAUAAUAACAAUAAUAACAAUAAUAACAAUAACAAUAACAACAACAAUAGCAUCAAUCAUCGCGUUAAUUCAUUGGCUACGUUGGACGACGGACGACGUUCAUGGGGCCAAGAACUCGAAGAGAAAUUGUCCGAGAAGGACGACGACGACACAGGGAGCACGGCGGAAACGACGCAAACGACGAAUUCAACGUCCUCGAUUCACUGCACGACAGCGGCCGAUCUUCUCGCACCGUUCAGAUUAUUUCCAACCGGUUCGAGUCUUAUCUAUACAGGCGGCGGCGUCAUAAGGGUGCCUGCACACCGACCACCCGGUGCCAAUGGCGCACCAACCGGUGGUAUACCUGCUCAAGCACUUAUACCACCAUGGAGCUUGCAAGCACUUCAACAUAGUCAGCAACAGGCAGCGGCGGCGGGCUUGCAUAGGGCGAGUUUGCUCGCUAAUUUAGCUGCACAUCCGUUACAAGCGCAUCCGCAUCUUAAGGAUAGGCUAGCAGCAGUAGCUGGAGCAUUUCCAAGAAGAAUCGGUCAUCCCUAUCAAAACAGGACACCACCUAAGAGGAAGAAACCAAGAACGAGCUUCACAAGGAUACAGAUCGCCGAGCUGGAGAAACGUUUUCAUAAACAGAAGUAUCUCGCGUCGGCCGAGAGAGCGGCCUUAGCCAAGUCCUUGAAGAUGACGGAUGCGCAAGUGAAAACAUGGUUCCAAAAUAGACGAACGAAAUGGCGGAGACAAACCGCAGAGGAAAGAGAAGCGGAGAGACAAGCGGCGAAUCGAUUGAUGCUGUCACUUCAGGCAGAGGCUUUAAAUAAAGUAGCUUACCCUACUACGGUGUCAAGUCAUCCAACUGGCAGCACGGUACCCGGUUUGGACAGGCAACAACCACCCACGGCGUUGACGCAUCCAGUGGGCCAGUGGGCCUCACCUUAUGGGCCCCCUCAGCCUCUUGCCGAGCCGAUUUGCUGAACCGUGCCGAUUCUAGUAAAUCGGGGGACUCUCGUCCGGUGGUCUUAAACGAUGACGACGAUGACGACGACGAUGACGACGACAACCAUAAUGACGAUGAUGACGAUGCUAACGACAGCGACAACGACUAUGACGACGAC